UCUGUGAUGUCAUCGGCCCAGGCAAUGAGGUCAUUGUCCGGCCUCCUGGCAACUAGGGGGUCAGAACUAAAGCAGUGGAAGAAGCGGCCACAGCCUCACCUGGACGUCCACCCCAAGGCCAGCCUUUCCCCCUUGAGCCUUCAUGUCAUGGAGAACCGGGGCCCUCUCUCCCCCAGCCUCCCAGAGCCUCGGUCUUCCAUGACUGACAUCCCCAGUCAUGUGGACGAAGAGCUGGAUCAGGACACGGUGAACUUCAUCUCCGCCUUGUACUCUGCUCUGGGGCCCCUCCUGCCAGAAGUGACCCAACUGCAGAUCCACCAGGACCCCCCAGUCCACCUGAUGGUUGACAUGAAGGCCAAGUUGAGGGAACUGGGCUCCAGCGUCUCCGAUGCCAGGAAGAGGCUGCUGAGGUACAACAUCUACCUGAAGAAGAGGCUGGCCCGGGCGCUCCAGGAAAAGGCGGCCUGGAGGGAGCAGCAGGCACAGUUGGCACAGAUGGCACAGGUGGCACAGAUGGUACAAGUGGCGCAGAUGUCACAGGUGGCACAGGCGGCACAGAUGGCAGAUGCUGGCACCCAGCAGCCCCCAAUGCCGAGGGGGGUCAGGAUGGAGAUGGCGCCAGGGAAGUCCAGCGCUGGGGUGGAGAAGAACAUCCAGGAGGCCCCGGCCCCAGAGUUCCCACGGAUCAAGCCCCCCGAGAGAGUACAUCGGCGGACCGGGAGCCUGCAAGACCCCCGUUUUGCUACCGUGGGGCAGGAAGGCAUGAGGGGACACGACAAGGCGGAUGACCACUGCCGGGGGAGCCUGGCCGUCCAGGCGGCGCUCCAGAGAAAUGCGGCCAGAGUGGACGCCAUGCCUUCCCGGCCUUUGCAGGACAGAGGCCAGUGAGCCCAGGGUCUGCCCGGUUUGCAAGCACCAUCCUCCAUAAAAAGCCUGGGACAAGGCUGUGCUAUGUGUGUGUGCUCCACAUCCAGGCUGCAGCAAUAAAACAAGCCCUUCUUCCACAAAGA